GUAAACUCUGAGUCCAGGCGGGAGAUCAGAUCCGAUCAGGUCACAGUGCGUUGCUCCAGUCCCGCAAACUUCCUCUGCGUGGAUCAGCGUUGGACUUUCUCUUCACCAACCCACGGAUUUAUCUGGACGCUUUUUAUUCCUUCUGGAGAAACUGUUUCACACCCCUGAAUGAUGUUUUCGCCGCAUUUCGGAGCUCCUCUGUCUCUGAAGUUUCUGCAGACCAUCUCAUCUCGUUUUGCUGCCUCCAGUGUUUACAUCCAAGCCGGGUUUAAAUGCAGGAGAAACUUUAAGAUGUUGUUUCGGAGCGGGUGUAGCGCUGGUUGGAGCAGAGAUGCGUAAUGCGCAGAGAAAACUGGGUCUCCACUCCGAAUAGGAAGCGAGCAAGACCCGAAAAUGUCUAAGCCGGAGGUGAAGAAGGAGUCCGGGGAGUCCAGCCCGCUGGAGGCGGCCUGCCUCUGCUCUCCUCCGGCGGCCAAGAACCAGUGCGCCAGCUGCGGCUUGGAGAUCCAAGACCGCUACCUGCUGAAGGUGAACAACCUGAACUGGCAUCUGGGCUGCUUGGAGUGUUCGGUCUGCAGAGCGUCGCUGCGCCAACACAGCAGCUGCUACGUCAAAAACAAAGAAAUAUUCUGCAAACUGGAUUAUUUCAGUAGGUUCGGCACCAAGUGCGCCCAGUGCGGCCGGCAGGUGUUCGCCAGCGACUGGGUGCGGCGGGCGCGGGGCAGCGUCUACCACCUGGCCUGCUUUGCCUGCUUCUCCUGCAAGAGGCAGCUGUCGACCGGGGAGGAGUUCGGCCUGGUGGAGGGCCGGGUGCUCUGCCGCAGCCACUACGACAUCAUGCUGGAAAACCUCCGCAGGGCCGCAGAGAACGGGACAGGUCUGACUCUGGAAGGAGCGCUGCCGUCGGAUCAGGACUGCCAACCCAAACCAGCCAAGAGGGCGCGGACGUCCUUCACGGCUGAGCAGCUGCAGGUCAUGCAGACGCAGUUUGCUCAGGACAACAACCCCGACGCUCAGACGCUGCAGAAACUGGCAGAAAUGACGGGACUGAGCAGGAGAGUGAUACAGGCAGGUUUGGUUCCAGAACUGCCGCGCCCGACACAAAAAGCAGCCGCCGCUGCAGAGCAGCAGCUUCCCUCAGAGCACGCCGCUGUCCAGGAUGCCGCCGUCACUGCCAGAGGAUCUCCACUACUCCUCGUUCAGCAGCCCGGACCGACCGCACCUCCUCGCUCUGCACGGAUACCUGGACGCUCACCCCUUCUCCGUCCUCGCCGCCCCCGGACACUUGACUCAUCCCUCCAUCGCUCUGCCGCAGCUUCCCAUCAGCCGCUGACCCGUCACCGCCCUGAUGAUGUCACGGACGCCUGUCGCCACGGUUACCUCCGUUUUCAGCUGGCUGUCAGACUGUUGAGCUGAACUGUGGUGAAACAUUCAAGCAAACAUUGGGAAUAUUUUUUUCUCUCUUUUUUUGUCUUUGUUCUAAACGAAGCACAGAAGACUACUCGUUUUUGCGUUAAAUUUUUUUCACUUUCUUCCUGUUCGUAUGUCAGGCGGUUUCAAACGGCAGAGCGGAGGAGCAUUGUAGCAGUACGACGGAGAAACCUCAACUUCUUUUUUCACGAUCAGCACAUUUUGCAGCUUUAAUGUUGUUGGUUGUUGUGCUGUUGUCAGAAAAACAGGAACUCUUAUUUAUUCAGAUCAAAACCUCUUGUUUUUGAAGCACUUUUAAAGUGUGUGUGUAAAUAAACCGCAUCAGAUCUGUCACCAGGUUUAUUUAAUGAGCAAAAACGAGACUGAUUUCAUGUGUGUGUGUUUUGAAGGUCAUAGAAAAAAAAAACUGAAUAUAGAGUCAGAUUGUACCUGCUGUGACUGUCAGUUGGACCUCAACAUCCUGGUCAUUAAACCAAUUCAAAACGCGUCACUUACAGGAAAUACGAUCAAUCAAUUAAAUCCAAAUUCAGUUAAAGUGUUGCCAUCGAUUUGUGUUUCAUUCAGGCCUUUAUGAGCUCAUUUAAGAUGCAUUACCUGCUGCUGUUACUCAGACCUUAGAGGCAUUUUAAUGAUAUUAUUUGGUUUUGAUGUUCCAAUAUGGAUCAAUAUUUCUUUUCAUUUGUUCAAACCUAGAAAAACAGACCAGAAACUGAAACAAGAGCUAAACAAUGUGUUUCUUUAUUGAGAAAACUAAAUGAAAAAUGAAAAUGCAAUCAGUUUGUAAAUAAUUACGUGUCAUUUAUUUGAUAGAUUAUGGCAUGGAAAAUAAAAACCCAGCAAGGCCUUCAAAUUUAUGUUUUUAUACUUUAGUGGUUAAAAUGUAUGAUUCUAGACACUUACACUGCAAAAGCACAAAAUCAUACCAAGUAUUUUACCAAGUACAUUUUACCAACUGCAAAUAUCUCAGUACACUUGAAAUAAGUCUAAAAUAACUUAAAAGUAAACUUUUAGCCAGACAUAGGGCUUGUUUUAAGUAAUUAAUUCCUUAUUAUUGAUGAAAAAUUCUACUUUUUCAUCUAUAGUAAGGAAUUAUUAAGGAAUAACAAUCAGAAAAGUUACCUGUAAGUUAGUUUUGACUUAUUUAAACUGUACUACGACGUUUUCACUAGACAGUAGACCAAAAAUAGUGUUUUUGCAGUGUAUAUAGGCAGCAUCAAAAAUAAUAAAAUGAGUAAAAUGUCAAAGUUCAAAUGAGACAACAGGGGAGGCUAGAAGUUAUACUCUCUUUUUCUUUUUUUCAUACUCAAUACAAGCACCUAAACUGAAGAAAUAAGAAAAAAUUAUUAAAAAUAAACCAUGUGGAAAUGCAAAAAUCUAGAGUUUCUGGUAAAAGAACAAAUAUUGUUUCUGCUGUGUGUGGCUGACAACACACAGCAGAAACAAUCUGCUAUGUUUAUUCAUAAAGGCUAUGUUAGACAUACAUCACAUGUAACUUUAUGAUGAAAUAAGGUAAUAAUAUUUGAACCGACCCCUUACAAAAUGCUAAUUCUGCUUAGGAAUUAGCAUUUUCUUGGAGCGACAAUGUUUCUCAGGAUUUCUUUGUUAUUUUCCAGACAGAUUCAGGCUGCAGACUGGAUUAUUUCUCCUCAUCAAACUCUGAACUGGAAAGUAAAAUGAAUAAAAUAAUAUUAUAGAGGUGCAGAAAAAAAAGAAUGAUUCUAUAAAGAAUCACAAAUCCUAAAUCUGGGAAUUCCGAAUCGAUUCAAAACACUCAAAAAUUUAUUUCUACGUGUAAACUUGCCCACUGUACAUAUUUUAUAUAUUUCUUUGAUAGGUUCUUAUUUCAGAACAUGCUAAGCAGCUAAGCUAACCUAAAAAUGGUGAUUUUAAGUUGCAAACUUUGCGUGUAACCUUAAAGAAUUGUUUUAAAUGUUAUUUUUGUUUGCAUUUCUUUCCCUCUAAUCACAUAAUUUAAUUUCUAGACCAUUUGAAUCGUUUCUGAAUCUAAUCGUGAGCGUAAAAGUGAAAUUUUGAAUGAAAUUGCUAGAUGCUGAAAGACUUGCAUGUCUAAUAAUGAGUUCAAAAAUGGUAAGGGUGUUUAAUGUAAAAUUGUUAAACAUUAUCAAGGAACAGCUCCUGUUUUUUAUAGAGAACCACGAACAAAAUGCAGCAGAAAUUCCUUUAAGCUCUGAAUAUUCACUUAAAACCCCCAAACCGUCUCAUGACCAGGUGUGUGCGAGUCUCUGGAUGCCAUUAGGAAAUGAAAUGAGCUCCUAUUCUUUCUUAAAUUUUGCCUUUGAAUAAUCUUUAAAUCAGUCUCUUUCAAUCAAUUCAACGCAGGAGGAAACCUGAGCUGGAAAAUGACUCCGCUCCUCGUGAAACCCUGAAACAAAAGCCGUCUUCCUGCUGAGCUGAGAUGAUUAUCAGGCUGACACACUUUGGGCCACCUGCCAGCACUGCACUGUAAAAAAUUAUACAAGUCUCCCUCCAUGCAUGUGCAUCCCUGCGCAUUUAAGCCGCCCGGGUUUGUCAUCCUAACAUCCCCCAACCCCUGACUGGCAUUUUCAAGUGGUUGCAGAUGAAACAUGGCCCCCCUCCUACAAUGCUAAUGAAUAGGCCGCUGAUUGCAGGAUUACAGCGUCGGCUGUCUAAUGAGCAGAUACGCUACAGAGCCCCUCGUCUCCACGUAUUCACAUUUUUCUCCUUGAAACUGAUGAGCUCUUCCCCGCACAACAGUCAACAAAACCUCUGUGGAAGAUUGCAGCAUGAGCCAUCUUCAUCAUCAGCCUCCUCCUCCUCAUGCAAGUUCAUUUCAGAUGCUCUGGGUAUAUUUUAAUUCUUCAGCUUUUUUUGGUCUUGAAUAUAUUAUUUAACUGAGCUGAAGACGCCUUGCAAAGUGUCUGAAGGGAAGAUUAGGGUGAUAAUGACUCAAUUUAAACGAUUAAAUAAUAGAAGCGGGGAGAUAAAAUGUCAAUGAAGACUGAAAGCUUUAGAAGAACAAAAGGAACAAUAAGGCAGAUCGUGGACUGUGUGACUUUUCUUAUGAGGCAUAACCAUAAAAUCUAUAAUUCUGCAGAACUUUUGUGCUGUUUUUCUGAAUAUAAAAUCCAGAAUUGAAACAAAAACACAUUAUAUGUUGUUGACUGUCAUUCAAGUCUCCAAUUACUUGGUUUGCUAAUCACAGAAAUCAUAAUAUUUUUUGCUAGCCUGGUAAAAUACUAUGGGGUUCCAUUUGUGUCAAAAAUAAGUACAAGUCAUAGGUGUAGAUGUUGUUGGUCUAUGUCGUUGCUAUGUGUCUUUGGUUGAUACGGUCUUAGUACUUUAUGGAUAUGUAGAUGUUGCAUGUAGGUGAUGCAUACGUUAUGUCUCUAGCUGCGUCGUUAUUACUCACUGUCACCCUGUCAGUUCAUCUGCAGUAGAGCAGCGAACCCUU